GAGUCGGCAGUGUCACGAGGCCCCGCCCCCGCUCUGCUCACCUGGCAGGUGACUCAGAGGAAGAUGCCGUGGAACAUCGUCCUGCUGCUGGGAGGAGGCUUCGCCCUCGCCAAAGGCAGCGAGGAGUCCGGUCUGUCCCGUUGGCUCGGCACUCAGAUGACACCGUUACACUCCAUCCCUCCCUGGGCCAUCGCCAUCGUCCUCUGCCUCCUCGUCGCCACCUUCACCGAGUGUGCCAGCAACGUCGCCACGGCAACGCUCUUCCUACCCAUCCUGGCCUCCAUGUCCCAGUCCAUAAACCUGAACCCUCUGUACGUGAUGAUCCCCUGCACCCUCAGCGCCUCAUUCGCCUUCAUGCUGCCGGUGGCCACGCCCCCAAACGCCAUCGCCUUCUCCUCCGGUUUACUCAAAGUGUCCGACAUGGCCAAAGCUGGCGUGGUGAUGAACGUCAUCGGGAUCGGCUGCAUCAGUCUCGCCAUCAACAGCUGGGGUCGCGUCAUCUUCGGCCUGGACUCGUUCCCUCCGUGGGCAAACGCCACGUCUCCGGUGUAGAGCAACAACCGACUGCCUCGUCUUUUUUUUCAGGUUCAUCGCUCGGCGCCUCGAACAGGGAUUCAAGUUUUCGUUUGUAUUUCGUACUGAAGGCGGCGUGUGACUGCUGCCGGUUCUGAGCCUUCACAAACAUCGUCCUGAUGUUCGGACCGUCUCCCUGAUGUGGAGUCAGUUUCCCAAAGAUUCGGCCGUCAGAGUCUCUACGCUCCGCUGAACGUCAACGAAAACAGAAGCUCGUACUCAAAUAACAUCGAGAAAAAACGGAGACAAUCAGAAAUAAACGUCCGUCUCAAAGAAACGCCUCCUUCAAAUAAAAACUCUGUAAAUAAACUCUGACAUAUUUGUAUUAAUGGCGCAAAACUGAAGCCUAAUUAGGAUGAAAUAUCCAAUAAUACUCCAGAGGACGUUUACGCACAGCAUGAGAAUGAUUUUCGUGUUCGGUGUGAACGUCACACCUAAAAACAAAACUUCCACCAAACGUUCAGCAAAACCUUGAAAAGCUCUUUGGUGGUGGCUUCAUCUCCUGUUGUUUUUUGGGGAAACUGACUUCAGGUCAGCGACUCCUCUGAUCAGGGAACACCUGAAAUAAUCAUGUUUAGUAAUUAUGAAAUAUUCUGUGUUUUCUGCUGUUUUCUAUUUAAAUGUUUAUAUUUGGUAACAUGCGUGUGAAUGUGUACAGACAUAACUAUCAGAGUUUUCUACCUUCUUGUUGCUAACAGUUUUAUUUGGUGUUAAUAAAAUUUGAUCUUUAAAAGAAAAAAA